AUGGGCCAGGGACCGUCGCAGCCAAAGAUCACCGCCCAGGAUAAGGCGAUUUUCCAGCUCAAGCGGCAGCGUGACAACCUCAAACAGUACCAGCGCAAGCUCAACGUCAUCAUCGACAAACAGCAUGCUUUAGCGAAACAAGCGAUCCAGGAGGGGAAAACUGAUAAGGCCAAACUCUACCUUCGUCUGCGAAAACAGCAGGAGCUGCUUGUCAACAAGACAUACGAGCAGUUGGGCAAUUUGGAAAACCUAAUAGGCACCAUUGAGUUCAAGUUGAUAGAGAAGGAUGUAGUGUAUGGGUUGACCCAGGGCAAUGAGGUGUUGAAGAAACUCAACAGCGAGAUGAGCGUGGACAAGAUUGACAAAGUGAUAGACGACUUGGAGGAGGAGAAGUUGAAGGUGGACGAGGUUUCUGAUCUUUUGGGCAUGGGCUCGUUGAGCAAUCUGGAGGAACAUGAGGUGGACGAGGAAAUGGCUGCUUUGGAGAGAGAGUUAGCGCCAGAGAAGGCGCCAAAAGAAGCUCAGAAGGAGGAGCACAAAAUAUCGCUUCCGGAUGCCCCCACAGAGGAGCCUCAGGGAGAAGAACCAGCGGUGGUGGAGCCGCAGCCAGAGAAAGAGAGACCCAAGGAGGAAGCAGCGAUGCUAGCAUAA